AUGUGUGGAAUUCUUGCACUUAUUUCUCCAGAUCAAAAUACUAAUGUUGCCUCUGAACUAUUCGAUGGCUCUCUUUAUCUCCAGCAUAGGGGGCAAGACGCCGCAGGUAUAGUCACGUGUGGUAAAGGUGGCCGUCUCUACCAAUGUAAGGGUAACGGUAUGGCAAGAGAUGUCUUCACACAGGAAAGAAUGGCUAAAUUGGUCGGUAAUAUGGGUAUUGCCCAUUUGAGAUACCCAACCGCCGGUUCCAGCUCCACCAGUGAGGCACAACCUUUCUAUGUGAAUGCCCCCUACGGAAUCAGUUUGGCCCACAACGGGAACCUCGUCAAUGCAGACGAGUUGAAGACGUAUAUGGACGAAGUUGUUCAUAGGCAUAUCAACACCGACUCCGAUUCGGAGCUGCUUCUUAACUUGUUUGCAGCAGAGUUGGCCACCUACGACAAAUCCAGAGUUAACGAAAAUGAUAUCUUCAAGGCCUUGGAGGGAGUCUAUAAUAAGGUCAGAGGUGGGUAUGCCUGUGUCGUUAUGUUGGCCGGUUAUGGUAUAAUUGGUUUCAGAGAUCCAAAUGGUAUUAGACCAUUGUUGAUUGGUGAACGCUUGAAGGAAGAUGGAACAAGAGAUUAUAUGCUAGCCUCCGAAUCGGUUGUUCUAAAAGCCCAUGGUUAUCAAGUCUAUAGAGACAUUUUACCCGGUGAAGCCGUCAUCAUUAAUAAGACUGACUUGAAACCUGUCUUUAGACAAGUUGUUAAAAUGAGAUCCUACACUCCUGACAUCUUUGAAUAUGUCUAUUUUGCUAGACCCGAUUCUGUUUUGGAUGGUAUCUCUGUUUACAGAUCGAGAUUACUCAUGGGUGAAAAAUUAGCGGGAAAUAUCAAAAGCUAUUUUCAAAAUGAAGACAAAGAUGUACUGAAGGAAAUCGACGUUGUUAUACCUGUUCCAGACACUUCAAGACAUUCGGCCUUGCAAUGUGCAAUCACCCUAAAUAUACCUUAUAGAGAAGGUUUUGUUAAAAACAGAUAUGUGGGAAGAACCUUUAUUAUGCCCGACCAAAAGCAAAGACAAUCUUCAGUUAGGAGAAAGUUGAAUGCCAUGGCUUCUGAAUUUUACGGUAAGAAUGUCCUUCUUGUCGAUGACUCCAUUGUCCGUGGUACCACAUCCAAAGAAAUUGUCAAUAUGGCCAGAGAAGCCGGUGCAAAGAAGGUCUACUUUGCAUCCUGUUCUCCAUGUAUUAGAUACAACCAUAUCUACGGUAUCGAUUUGGCAGAUAACAAACAGUUGGUUGGAUUCCAGAGAUCCGAAUCAGAAGUUGCCAGUAAAAUCGGUGCAGAUUAUGUAUUCUACCAGAAAUUACAAGACUUGGUUGAAUGUUGUAAAAGGGAUGAUUUAAUCAAGGAGAACGAGUUAGAAUUGGCACUAACCCCAGUUGUUUCCAGAGACGAUACAAUCAAAUCACUCAUCCAGAGAGACGAUGAAAUUCCUCAAAUCACAGGGUUUGAAGCCGGUGUCUUCACAGGUGAAUACGUCACUGGUGAUGAAUCUCGAUACAUGAAAUUGGCAGAAGCUGCUAGGGCGAGAAACGAAUUGUUGAAGAACAAUUCUGCCGGGUUAGUCGACGUCAAGGCGCCUUCCGAGAUAAACAUCCACAAUGAUGGUGAUUACUAG